AUGGGUGGAUGUGUGCGGACGGGCGGGUGCUAUGGCUGCGGGCGGAAACAGAGCCACAACCAGGGCGAGGUGCCACCGCCGCGCGGGCACGUGCCGCCUUCGCCUGAUGAGGAGGCCUCGCAGCGAGCGCUAGUGGAGCUGCUGCGGCGGCUGUCGUCGGGGACCAUCGGCAAGCGCCCGUUCUACAUUCGGUCAGUGGCGGUGGAGGGCAACGACGCGACGCGACUGGACGUGAUCGAGGCCGAGCUCAAGGCCGCACUGGAGGCCGGGACACUGGAGGAGGUGCUCAACGAGCUUGUGGAGGCGCAGGCACGGCUGGCGUGCAUGGAUCUGUUCAAGUCGAUCGAUGUUCACUGCGACGAGGCCAAGGGCGAUCACGGUCGAGCACAGGCUACGGACGUCACCAUUGUUGUCGAGGAGCGCAACCGGCUGACGGCCAAGACCGGGACCACCGUCGACGUCAACGACGGCAACGUCAUGGCUGCGGUCUACCUCCGCAAUCUGUUUGGCGCCGGCGAGCGGCUGGAGGUCGACUGGUCGACGGGGACCAAGGUCACCUCGUUCUUCAAGGCCGCGUACACCAAGCCGAACCUCGCCAACUACGGCGAGGAGUGGCAGGUCGCCGCUUUUAAGGACAACACCGACUUUCAGGCCGUCUCGUCGUUCAACGUCAAGACCAAGGGCGUGACUCUCACGUACACCAUUCCCACGGCGUAUUUUGACCACAUCGUCGGCUACGCAGGCGUCUGGCGCGAGGUCUGCAAGCUCCCAGACAACGCCUCGUUCUCCAUCCGGUCCAUGGCGGGCCACUCGGUCAAGUCGGCCAUCACCCACGCCGCAGUCAUGGAGCGCCGCGACGACCCGGUCCUGCCGCGCUCCGGCUACGCGCUCAAGAUCUCUCAGGAGCUGGCCGGCCUCGGCGGCUCGGCUGCUUUCCUCAAGCAUGAGGCCAAGGCCUCGGCGUCGGUCACCGUCGCCGGCCGCUGGACGCUGACCGGCCUGGUCGCCGGCGGGCUAGUCGUGCCACUGAUGGCGGACGGGCUCUCCACCGUCGACGCCUUCCACCUCGGUGGCUCCAUGGACGUCCGCGGCUUCCAGACCUUUGGCAUCGGCCCGCACGCCCCGCGGAAGCUCCUUUCGCGCGCUGCACCCGUCGCCGCCGCAGACGCCCACCACUCGGACGCCGUCGGCGGCGACGCCUACUGGAAGGCAUGCCUUCAUCUCUACCACCGCCUCCACGACACUUGGGGCAUCUACGGUCAGGCCUUUGUCAACGCAGGCAACCUCCUCCUCGCUGCACAGUCGCCGCGCCGCUUCGCCUCGCGUGACCUCGUCUCCCAGGCCCGCGUCGCCGUCGGCGCAGGCCUCGCCUUCCGCACCGCCAUCGGCCUUGUCGAGCUCAACUACACCGUCCCACUCCGCACCAUGCCCGGCGACCGUGUCCAGCACGGCUUCCAGUUUGGCAUCGCCCUCAACUACUUUUAGCUGAUACUGCUUCGUUCACGCUCUUCACCACGCUGCUCCACACGCUCGGACGGCAAACAAGGUUAAAGGUCG